CUACCUCCCGCACUAGCCAUGCCUCCCAAAUUCGACGCCUCCGAGGUCAAGGUCAUCCACCUCCGUGCCACCGGUGGUGAAGUUGGUGCCUCGUCCGCUCUCGCUCCUAAGAUCGGUCCCCUCGGUCUCUCGCCCAAGAAGGUCGGUGAAGAUAUCGCCAAGGCCACUGGUGACUGGAAGGGUUUGAGGGUCACUGUCCGCUUGACCAUCCAGAACCGUCAAGCUGCCGUUUCCGUCGUUCCCUCCGCUUCCUCGCUCGUCAUCAAGGCCCUCAAGGAGCCUCCUCGUGACCGCAAGAAGGAGAAGAACAUCAAGCACACCAAGAGCAUUCCUCUCGAUGAGAUCAUUGCUAUUGCCCGCACCAUGCGCUUCAAGUCCAUGGCCAAGGACUUGAAGGGAACCGUCAAGGAGAUCUUGGGUACCGCCUACAGCACUGGCUGCCAGGUUGAUGGCCGCAGCCCCAAGGAUAUCUCCGACGAUAUCGAGGCUGGCGAGAUUGAGAUCCCCGAGGAGUAA